UCCUGGGAAUGUGAAAAUAACGUGCUUCCACUGCUGGGCCCAUCUGCCCUUCUAAAGACAGCUAGGUCCAAUGUUAUCUUAUCAACGGAAGUCUUUCAACUCUUAAGCAGUAAACGAGACCCAAACCUACCGGAGAAAGUAUGAGAAAGGAGGUUCCAUUUGAAGUGGAAAAUUUCAGAGGCAUCGUCCGAGUUUUCAGCGAUGGAAGCGUGAUCCGAUCGGAUGAUCCUUCUGCCAAGGUCCCCAUCGAAGACGAUGGCUCCAUCGCUUGGAAGGACUUCACUUUCGACAACUCCUUCUCCCUCCAACUCCGCAUCUACAAGCCUUCCUCCAUCCCUGAUCAGAAGAAGCUUCCCAUCUACAUCUACUUUCUAGCAGGAGGCUUCUGCUUUGGUUCGAGAACGUGGCCCAUUUUUCACAACUUCUGCCUUCGUCUUGCCUCUCGUCUUCAAGCUGUCGUCAUCGCUCCCGAUCACCGCUGGGCCCCCGAAUACCCACUUCCAUCUGCAAUCGAUGAUGCCUUUACUGCUAUUAAAUGGGUACAAACUGAAUUUCGCAUGAAAAAUUCAGCCUCUUCUCUCAUGGAUUUCGCUGAUCCUAAACAGGUCUACAUAUCUGGGAAUUCAUCUGGUGGGAACAUCUGUCACCAUCUUGCUGUAGGAUUUGCUGCCCAAAAUCUCUCACCACUGUCUGUGAGAGGAUACAUCCUGAUCACCCCAGGAUUUAGUAGUGAGAAGAGAUCUCCUGCAGAGCUAUCUUGUCCAGCCAGCGACCUUUAUAUUAUUGAGCAUCAUGACUGUCUAUGGAAACUUGCAGUGCCAAAAGGUUCCACAAGGAACCAUCCGCUAGCGAACCCGCUUGGUCCAAAUGGCAAGGAUCUGAGUUCAAUCAAGUUCUCCCCAGUCCUUGUAGUCACGGGAACUCGCGACUUGAUCCGUGACAGACAGACGGCUUAUGUGGAAAAACUUAGAGGCAUUGGUAGCCAUGCGGACAUGGUGGUGUUUGAUGGGGAGCGACAUAACUUCAAUUACUACAAUCCAAAGUCUGCGGCUAACAGUGAACUCAUGGAUCGAAUCAAGAGCUUCAUGGCUGCCACUAGUGGCGAAACUUGUAAGUCCAGGUCUCGUCUUUGAUCCAACCAACCUGGGCUUAUGAUCCCUCCAGAAGGCAUUGGUGUGCCCCUACUUUUGUCCUCUCCUUUGUGCCUGGUUUGUUUCCUUUAUCUUCAAUGAAGGUGAAAACUCUUUUAAGGCCCUUUAGUGGGCACUAGAUCAGACAUGCAGUGAUUGAGUAAUGCAUCUUGAAUAUUUAUUGGUUGAUUUGAAUAUUACAGGAGUCGUCUUGUGUCAUGGUAA